AUGAAUGAAGAUCUGAAAUCUGUGACUCCGAGUGGCCUGUCAAGUGUCGUAAUGACUAGAGGCCACACUAUGAAAUCUCAAAAUACCCUAUACAAGGGAGGAAUUAGGACUGCACCGGAAAUGAGUCCUUUCGAAGGUAUUGACUAAAAACUACAAAAGCAAUCUUAUCAUACCAAAAUGGAUGAAAGUAGGUUUCUAAGAAAAUCAUCUGACACCUAUUUCUUUGAGAUCUUUAAUAAGUUGAAGAAGAAAUGCGCAAUACUUGUUCCAGAUACAAUUUUCGUUGGAGGUGGCACAUUUUUAUCAUGGUAUUUCACAUCAAAGAAGAAUGGUGCCAUUCUUAAGAAAAACUCUCAUAAGCUAAAUGCAGCUGAAGUUUUUAAAAACCUGUAUAGAUAAUCUUCUCUAUCAUAGGAAGAGGAUUUUAAUGAUAAAAAGAUAACUGAAUAUCUUAAAAAUGAUGAUUCAAGUGAUGAAGAAAAUGGCUCAAUGAACCAGUAAAAUUUGUUUGGAGGUGGAAUGAUUGCAGGGGAUGGAACAAGAAGAAAUAGUAGAAGGAAUAGCGUUGCUAAAAAUCAGAAUAUAUUUGCUUAAGCAUUGAUGACAACUACAGAAAGUAUUCAAGAGAAGUAAUGGUCCUUGAAGCGCAUCCUUAAGGAGAUGAAUGUGAAAACUCUUAAUCCUAAAUCCAUGACUAAGCAUGAUGACGAACUUCCAUGCAUAGCUUAUGUUAAAUUUCACAGCUAAAAGAGCCGAGGAUUCAAACCAUUUGAAUUUUAUCAACUGAUUCAUGAGAGAUUAGGAGAAGUUAAAAUGAUUCAAACCUUUAUUACUACAAGAGUUCAAAUUAAUUUAGAUCCUAAUGCCCCCUAAAAAUAUAAGAAGCUACCUUAAGGUGGGUGCUAUUAUUGCGAAUAUACCCAUACAUCUAAUAAUAAUCCUCCUUAAUACGUAGUUACUAAGCAGUAAGUUUCCUAGGAUCUACUUUAACACAUAAAUAAAGAUGUAGUUAGGUCUAUAAAUACUUAUAUGAACUAGAAGUUUGAGGAUAAAGCUAAAGUCAUAAUAUCUUUUAUGGAAAAUACAACUAGAACUGAUAUCAAAAGAGCAUGUGUCAAAUUUCUAGAGGAUACUACUGGUGAGAUUUACUAUCUGGGUGUGUGCAGAGAUAUCUUGUACGCAGUAAAAGGUUAAGAUUCAGGCUAAGAUCAGCCAUUGAUGAGACUUCCUAAUGACUCAUUCGUAUUUGGGGGGAAUAAAAUCCUAAGUGAAAAGACGAAUUGGAAAGAGGCAGCUAUUCCUAAAAUUUGCUAUGGUGAAUUUUGUGAGUACUAGUUCAACGAUACUCAUAAAUUCCUUUCAUAUAGAGGAAAAAAGAAAGAGUUCGAAAGAAAUUUUAGUCUUAUUCCUGAUAAAAACAAGAUAUUCAAUGUAAAUGCUAAUGAAAUAGCAAUAAAUAUUGAGGACGAGUAAGAGAUGUUUAAGAAUGCACUUUAAACAAGGAAAGAGAAGAACAAUUUAGAUGAUCUUGGAAUGGGACUUGGAAAUUAUUAAUCAUAAAUUACUAAAUCAUCUCCUUACAUUAAAAAAAAGCUUUACCCAGACUCAUUCAAUCAACUUUACAAAGCAGUCACAGUCUGCAAGUCAUGCUUCUUAAUAUACUCACUCCUAUCAGAUUACUUUGAUGAGCUCACUAAAGUUGCAGUCAGCCCAAGAAAGAAGAAUGCCAAUGGAGAGAUAGUUCAUGAUAAUCCUUCAUCUACAGUUCCUGCUACAAUGACUAACUGGACUCACUCUGAGAAACUUCUUUAGAAAAAAGAAGAAAAGCCAUUUAUAUUCUCUCAUAAAAGACUCAACUCAAUCACUAAUAUUAAUAAUGCCAGCACACCAAAAAAUUAAGGGUAGUAAUAUGAAUCCAAGAAGUCAUAUAUAUUUAAGAAUCUAGCUUCUGUUGAUAUAGCAAACUUGAAAGGUAACAUUAUUUUCAGAAAUCAAACAGCAUUGAUAUCAAUAGAAGGUCAUCGAUAAAGUAUAUACAAUACAAACUCUAAUUAGAGAGGACAAACUCCUCACAAUUAAACCACAACUGCAUCUGCUAGUACAUUAAACAAAUUCAACAAUCGAAGCUAGCCAUUGUUCCCUCCAGCUAAAGGAAAUUUUAACAAGACAACUACAAUGCAUAGCUCUACUAAGAAUUUGCAGCUGAACUUUGGCAGUACUUAAAGUGCUUUUGGUGAUAAAUUGCCUCAUUUUAUAAGGCCCACAGAGUCAGUUAAAAUCAAAGAGAUACAAAAGCUAUCAUAUAAAUUUGUAAAUACUAUAGAAAUGAAGGAGAGUUAAGCAAAGCGAAAUAUUAAAAACGUUCUUGGGUAAAAAGUUGGAGAUAGAUUAUUCAAGCAGAUUAUGUAGAAGCAGUCUAAAUUACUUAAUAACCAUAGAGAGUAAGAAAAAGAUAGGGAUCCAAAUAAGCCACCUAGAACUCCUGGCAGCAGCAGAAAUAAAAAGAAUAAAAUGGAUGUUAAGAACUCCAUGAGUUUAGCUCUCAAUAGUUUGUUUAAAAUGAGUGAGGAGAAGUUUUAUCUUAAAAGAGCAAAAGAAAAUCAUGAGAAGCGCAAAAUAAUAAACUUUUUCAAUGAAGUAUGCAAAGAUCCAAAGAAAUAUGAAUUAGUGCUGACAAAACAUAAAUAAGUGGAUAAUAAGAUCAAGUAAAUGCAUGCUAAGUCACUCGUAGAUGUAGGCAGGUAAAAUUCUGUCUUAGAUAUGUGGCACACUGGGAUAGUAAACAAUUAGGAUAGCACUCCUCCUUAAAACUCACCAACUAAGAGCUAAAAAUAAAGUCCCUCCAAAGAUGGAGCACCUACAGAUUCCAGAAAUCUGUAAAUUAAUCCUAUUACAAAACUAGCAACUGAAAUUACUCAAGUUAGACAUUCUGAGCAAAAAGAGUCAAGAAGAAGGACUGUUCUUACAUCGAUAGAUAAUGAUGAGCAAGUAGAUGGAGUGACAAAAGCUAAUGCAGCCUUCUAAAUGUAAGGUGGCAUUUUGUCUCUUGCAUAGAAAAUAAUAUCAUAGCAAAUGGUAUUUUUGUAAGAACAAAUAAAAGAGAAAGAAGAAUCUGGAAUAAUUAAGAGUAAAGUAUCCAGCUAGUCUAGUUCUCUAUUAGGAAUCUCGAAGGGAAAUGAAUAAGAAGGAGGGGGUAGGAAAAUUAGACUUUCUAUUAGAGGGAAUAGUCCUGCUUAAAAAAGAAGAAAUCCUAAUAUCACUUCUUCAGUUUUUCAUCACUAGAACCUGGCCCACAUUAAGCCAGUUCCGUUUUAUAGGAUUUCAACCCCAAAAGCGCCAUUUUACUCUAAUGAACUAAUCGGAGAUAAGGCACCAGAUGAUAAGUAUAUAAUACCAACUGAGAACUACAAAACAAUGAACAUUGAGUAAUAUGCAGAAUUAAUGAGAAUAGAUAAGUAAUAAUUAUAGGAUUGUGGAGUCUUUUUCAUAAAUGAGCAUACUUCCAUGCUAUACUGCAUUCUAGAAAAUUCUUAGGAACAUCACAAUAUUAAUAAUAGCAUUAUAUAAAGCGGCUCGGUUAAUCUAUCCUCAAUCAUAACUAAAUAAAAUACAGAUGAGAGUCCUACUCCAAGAGAUAGAUCUAAUUUUAAUGGACUCAGGCCAGGACAUUAAGCUAAUCAAAGAAGAAAAGUAUUUCAUAAUUACAUAGUGAUACUUGAUCUUUUCGAUUCCUUUAUCGAUAAACUAGAAUUUUUCGAAUAGAUAACUAAAAAUUCAAGUCAGCCUGCUAGAUUCAUAUUACUCAAUCUUCCUGGCUAGCUCCAUACCCAGUAUAAUAGCAAGCAAUCAAAUCCUUAACUCUUAAACAACUCUUAUUAUUCAAACUGUCUUGAUCUGCUUCUAUUUCAUUUACAUGAGAAAAAUCUAAUAUCUUGUCUCUUCGAACCAUAUUCCCUAGUUGGAUUCGGUAAUGGGGCUAAUAUUGCAUUACAUUAUGCUCUUUAGAUCAAUGACACGAAUGAUAACCUCAGAUCGAUCCUAUUAUUUAAUGGUUUUAGUUUUGUGGAUUAAAUGCUAAGAGAUACUAUAAAUUAAGCACUAGACAGCUUUAAGAAGUGUCCACCAGACAUGAGAGAUUUGGGAGACUUCUUCUUUUAAAAUCUAAUUCUAUCGUCUGAUAAUUUGAAUCAGAAUCUCAACACAAGAUCUUAAUUCUCAACAAAGAGAGAUGAUGGACAGUUAUUAGAAGAAGACAAUUCAUAGAGAUCUAUAUAUAAUGAUAGAACUUCAAGAAGUACUCUAAGCUAGAUCGAAACUUUGGAUAAAACUAAUUUGUGCCGGGGUCUAUUGGGAAAUAUAUCAAUAAAAGAGAAACUAAAAUAUCUAAAAAUGCCGAUUAUAUACGUCUACUCAAAGAAAAACUGCCUAAUUGGAUUAAAGCACUCUGACAUUAUCUAAAAGGUAUAUUAAAAUUAAUUUAUCAUAAAUACUUUAGUCAGCAGAUUCAAAAGACAAUUAGAUUUCAACUAAUUUCUAUCAAAGUUUAGACUGCCUCAGCAAUACAUCUUAGAAUCCAAUUGA